CAAGAAAGUACAAGAUUCAGCCAGCUUGUGGAAGAACUAUUGAAAAUCAUUCAUGCUUUUGAACUUGACACUGGAUUACAGUUUGCAAACAGUUAUAACUUUUUGAAAAAGGAAAAUAAUGCUACCGAACAUCUAAAGGAGGAGGCUUCUAUUAUCCAAAGUAUGGGCUACCGAAACCGUGGCAAAAAACUUCGACAGACUGAAACUGAAAAUUCUACUCUGCAGGAAUCCAGUCUGAGUGUCAAACUUUCUAACCCUGGAAUUGUGAGAUCUCUGAAGACAAAGCAGCAGCUACAAUCCCGUAAAAAGUCUGUCUACAUUGAACUUGCUGUUUGUGAGUUUUCUGAGGACAUUACAGAUACUGAACAUCAUCAACCUAGUAAUAAAGAUUUGACCACCACUGAGAAGCAUACUGCAACUGAGAAGGAUACAGAAAAGUAUCAGAGUAAAGCAGCUUCUGGGUAUGUGAGUGAAACAAGUUUCUCUGAAGACUCUUCAGAGCUGUCCUCUCAGAGUGCUAUUUUAACCACUCAGCAGAAGGAUACCAUGCAAGAUAACCUGAUAAAGCUCCAGAAGGAAAUGGCCCAACUAGAAGCUGUGUUAGAGCAACAUGGAAACCAACCUCGCUGUUCUUCUCCCAGAGCUGAUCCUUGUGCCCCUGAGGACCUGCUCAAUCCAGAACAAGACACAUCAGACGAAGGUUUUCACAUGGAAGGCAACCAGAAUAAUAGUAUUUUUAUGUUCAGGGAGAAACAACAUAUUGUUGCAGUACUAACUUCAGCAAAAUGUUGUGAGUAUCCUAUAAGACGGAAUACAGAAAGCCUUUCUACUGAAACGUUUCAAGUAUCUCUGAAAAAUUCCACCAGUGAAAAUAACGAACCAGGAAUGGAAAGGUCUUCCCCUUUCAAAUCCCAGUUAUUAUCUAAUAGGUCAUACGUGCAUGGGCCCUCAUGGAGCCAGAACAGAAAUUGCUCAUCUCAAAAGGAGCUCAUUAAGAUUGAUGACAUGAAGGAGCAACAGCUGACAAAGUCUCAGGACCAGAAUUUAAUGGAGCAGUCUAAUUUGCCAAGACAAGAUCUAGAGGGAACCCCUUACCUAAAAUCUGGAAUCAGCCUCUUCUCUGAUCACCCUGAGUCUGAUCCUUCAGAAUCUGGCAUUCCGGUACCAGCUCGUGUUUGCGGCUUGCCAGCUUCAACUUCUGCAUUGAAAUUAUCCCACUGUCAAGUUGCAGAAUCUGCCAAGACUCUGACUGAUGCUCAUACUAUUAAUACUGCUGGGUACCACUUAAAGGAAGAAACUAAAAGUAGGAAGAACCCAGAAGUGGUAUCUUCAACAAGCAGAGACAGCAAAAAAAUAUCUAUGGUGGCUUCAGGCUUGACCCCAAAAGAAUUUAUGCUUGUGCGCAAGUUUGCCAGAAAACACCACAUCUCUUUAACUAACGUAAUUACUGAAGAGACUACUCAUGUCAUUAUGAAAACAGAUGCUGAAUUUGUGUGUGAACGGACACUGAAAUAUUUUCUGGGAAUUGCAGGAGGAAAAUGGAUAGUUAGUUAUUUUUGGGUGACAAAGUCUAUUAAAGAAAGAAAGAUACUGGAUGAGCAUGAUUUUGAAGUCAAAGGAGAUGUUGUUAAUGGAAGAAACCACCAAGGCCCAAAGAGAGCAAGAGAAUCCCAAGACAGAAAGAUCUUCAGAGACUUAGAAAUUUGUUGCUAUGGACCCUUUACCAACAUGCCCACAGAUCAACUGGAGUGGAUGUUGCGCCUCUGUGGGGCUUCUGUGGUAAAAGAGCUUUCAUCAUUUACCCGUAGCAAGGGUAGGCACCCAGUUGUGGUUGUACAACCAGAUGCCUGGACAGAGGACAGUGGCUUCCAUGCAAUUGGGCAGCUUUGUGAGGCACCUGUGGUGAUCCGGGAAUGGGUAUUGGACAGCGUAGUCCUCUGCCAACGCCAAAAAUUGGACAACUACCUGGUACCUCAGAUCCCCUAGAAUUGCUGCUGAUUUCGAGCCAACCGUGUGGUUAGGACCUAUUUCCAGAGGACUCAAAAAAUGAGCUUAAAAAUUGGGGCCCAUGG